CAAAUCUCAAUACAUUUUCCUAGGGGGUGAUGAGUUGGCAGUCUGGAGUCGAUAUUGUAAGAAUCAAUUCAAUUUAAGGAUGUGCUUGUCAAAUAAGUGAGCACUAAUUAAAUGAGUUAUGUCAGAAAUUGUUGAUGCUAAACAAGAAGAAAAAUCUACAAAAGAAAACAUGCAUUUCCGAGCCCAUUCACAGACAGUUACAAUGAGCCCAGAGCCGAAUAUAUCAAUGAAUACAUCAAAUGGAAUUAUAGGCUUGUUUUGUCGACGUGGUAAAAGCAUCAAACCGAUUUGUGGGAUCAUUUUGGUGAUUACUAUUGUCGCAGUUUACAUGUGGGUGAUAAAAAAACAACAACCGACUGUUGACAGUUUACUCAAAAGUCCUGAACAUGCCAAGGGAAAGUUUGUUCCGCCAAUGGGUGGUGAACACCAUGUGCCCGUGGCAAAUGAACAUAAUGCGCCAGUUGUGGAUGAGCACUAUGUAGCUCAUGUACCUGACAAAGAAGAGAUGAUGAAAGCUCAGGCCGCGGAAGAUGAAGUUAAACAAUAUGCAGCCUUUAAAGAGAAGCAUGGUGUGCACGCAAUUCCACCAUUAAAACCACCUCAAGGGGAAGGAGAUGGAAAAAUCAGCGAUCGUCACGGCGCUCCAAAACCUAAAGAGUUCCCCGUUGACAUACUACUAGAGCCACUGCUACAUGAAUGCACAGACGAAAAUCAGCCUGGUGUGAUCAUACUUGUGGACACGCAGCCUGGACAUGCUGAGUAUAGAAAUGCCAUACGAAAUUCUUGGGGAAAACCCGAGAAUCAUAAGGGAGAAAAUAGGGACCAGUUAGAAUGGCAGGUUAUCUUUAUCGUAGGAACCAGUGACACGCACGACGCCGAACUCAAAGAAGAAAAUGUGAAACAUAAUGAUAUCCUACAAGGUGAUUUUAAAGACACUCCGUCCGAAGAAACUCGUAAAUUCAUGAUGUCGUUCAAGUGGUUGGCGGCGGUCAUUGACGAGUGCGUUCCACGAUUUGUUCUGAAAAGUCGGGAUGACGUAUUCAUAAACCUUGAUGCUAUUCAGGAAUGGAUGGAGAAGAACUUCCCUGAACCAUAUGAAUUAUUCAUGGGUAGAGUUGUACGCCGAGAUGUGCCAAUAAGACAGAAAAGUGAUCCAAUGUACGUCUCGGAAGUUGAUUACCCAGAUGACAUUUACCCAGAUCUUGUAGCAAGCCCGCUCUAUUUGUUCUCAUUUGAUGUUGUCGUUUUAAUGGGAUACUCGCUAAAGAAGGUUACGCCCAUUGCUCAAGCUGACGCAUACAUUGGCAUCCUGGCUAGAACAAUCGGCGUAAAGCCAUUUGAUAACACGCAUUUCCGUCUGUUAUUCAAACCAUCGUUUAAAUGUUUCUUCAUUGGGCUUUUCUUUGUGCAUGGCACCUCCGCUCAAGAACACAAAGACAUAUUCCGUACCAUUCACAAGGCGAGGUACUCGUACGAAUGUGCUGGGGUCCAUGGACUUAAGAUCCCUCAGGCUCAUAAUGACUUAUUGAAAUUCGGCAAAAUCAAGCAACCAAAAGAGGAUUUAUAAAUGCUCUUCCGAGAGAAUUUUGAAGUACGAUGUAGACUUGUUGCUAUGUGGCAUUCUUAAUUGAUGUUUCAUUGAAAGAGACCUUGUUGAAAGAAGAAAUUGAAUAUCGGAUCAAAUAAAAAUCAUAUCCUUCCCUAGG